UGGCUCCGUUUAGCCGGGGUCGGUUUGGGUUGGGGCGUUGUUGCAGCAUGGCAGAUCCGGUCACGGAGCAAAUCAGCGCUCGAACUGAUUGGCAGCGCGCCCGGGAAGACCCCGCGGAAUUGCCCGUCGCCGCUCAGCGCUUGGUGGAGGACGCGGUGGGAAACAGGAUCCCCUUUGGGACUCUUUACAAGGAUCAGAAGACGAUCGUGAUCUUCUUGCGGCAUUUUUUGUGUUAUGUCUGUAAAGAAUAUGUGGAGGAUCUGGGCAAAAUUCCCAAGAAAUUUUUGCAAGAUGCAAAUGUUAGACUUGUGGUUAUUGGGCAAUCAGCACAUCAUCACAUUCGGCCGUUUUGUAAUCUGACAGGUUACCCUCAUGAAAUAUAUGUAGAUCCACAAAGAGAAAUUUAUAAAAUUCUUGGCAUGAAAAGAGGGGAAUCCUCCAGCUCAGCAGUACAUAGCCCUCAUGUGAAAUCCAGUUGGCUAUCAGGAAGCAUUAAAAGCACGUGGAGGGCAAUGACAAGCCCUGCAUUUGAUUUUCAGGGUGAUCCAGCUCAGCAGGGAGGCACUUUCAUUUUAGGACCAGAUGAUGAGAUUCACUUUGUGCACCUUGACCAAAACAGGUUGGACCAUAUCCCCAUUAAUACUGUUUUGCAGCUUGCUGGAGUUAAAACAGUAGAUUUUACCUAUAGAUCUCAGAUUAUUGAUAUAUGAACUUUUAGAAGAAAAAUACAUCUGCCAAGACAAGUGAUAUAUAUCAGCCAACCAUUGUGGCAUUUCACCCAUAAUGAGGUUACUGUGAAAUUAAUAAAACAGAAGUAGCUCCAGAAUAGAUU